GCGGUGCUGGUAUUUAGAGCGCAGCCGCUGACGGGCCGGGUCGCCUUCGCAGCCGCCUGACUGCUCUCAUUGCGCUCGCUUGCCGUGCCCGGCCCGUCCUCGCCCCCGUCUUGGCCCGCUGAGCUCGCCCUCUCCCCACCCGCAGACAUGUCCGAGGCCAAGAGCGGCCCCGAGUACGCCUCCUUUUUCGCGGUCAUGGGCGCCUCGGCCGCCAUGGUCUUCAGCGCCCUGGGUGCCGCCUACGGUACAGCCAAGAGUGGCACUGGCAUCGCGGCCAUGUCUGUCAUGCGGCCAGAACUGAUCAUGAAGUCCAUCAUCCCAGUGGUCAUGGCUGGUAUCAUCGCCAUCUACGGGCUGGUGGUGGCCGUCCUCAUCGCUAAUUCCCUGAAUGAUGGCAUCACUCUCUACAGGAGUUUCCUCCAACUGGGUGCUGGCCUGAGCGUGGGCCUCAGCGGGCUGGCAGCUGGCUUUGCCAUUGGCAUCGUGGGGGACGCUGGUGUGCGUGGCACUGCCCAGCAGCCCCGGCUAUUCGUGGGCAUGAUCCUGAUCCUCAUCUUCGCCGAGGUGCUCGGCCUCUACGGUCUCAUCGUUGCCCUUAUCCUCUCCACAAAGUAGCCCCUCUCCGAGCGCACCAGCCACAGAACACGAUGUAAAGACCACCCCUCAUUCCGAAAUGAACAGCCUGACACACACGCACGGGGCCGCCGCCCCCCAGUAGUCGGUCUUGUAAAUGCGCAGUGUCCUAGUGCCCGUUGUCUGCUACCCCGGCCUCGCCCCCGCCCCGCCCCGUGCCGUGGACAUCCGGGCCCACUCCUUACCCAUCCGGGCCUCCGGCCGCCCCCACUCAUCUGCCCUAGAGCGCUCUGUAGAAGGGUGAAUUAGAGUUGUCAUUUUCUCUUCACUGGAUGUUUCUUAUUUAUAAAGAUUUGAUCUGUUCAUACGUCUGUGGAGCAGCCCUCCGUCCCCAACUAUAUAGUAAUCUUAGGUCGAGUGUUGCGUUGCGGGGUUGCCGUUUGCUCCGAGACUCUUUGGAUCGAACCACCCUCCUCCAGCCCUGGCUGUCGGGGGCCGCGGGCCAGUGUGCUGGGCCUGCGAGGUCCUGGAGCCGAGCCGUGUCCAAUAAAGUUCUCGGUUGUGACUGGA